UAUACCAAAUACAUUGUCACUGUCGACCUGAAUGAUAAAACCAAGCUGAAUCUCAAAACAAUGACAUUGUGAUUGUCAUCUCAUGUUAUUCAGGCCUGCAGACAAGUAGUAACCUCACCACCUUUCCUUGGUCCUCCACUCUAUAAAUAAUGCUUCCUAGAAGCCCAAGCACUUCAUUCCAGUUUGAAGUAUCAUACAAAUACCCCACAAGCCACUCUCAUACAUUUCAAGCACUCUAAGAUGGCCUCCAGGACCUUCAGCCUUUUAUUUUCACUGGUGGUAGCGUCAUUUGCCCUUGUCCAAAUAGCAAUGGCAGGAGACCCAAACAUUCUCUCCGACUUCAUACUACCAGCCAACCAAUCGGCUGUGGAUGGUAGCUUCUUCACAUUUACUGAUAUGCGGGUUCUGAUCGGGGCACCUGAACCCACAAGCUUCAAGGUUUUGAAAGCAAGCUUGGCUGAAUUCCCAGCUCUGAAUGGCCAGAGUGUUUCUACUGCUGUGCUUCAAUUCCCAGCUGGCUCAGUCAACCCCCCUCACACCCAUCCUCGCUCUGCUGAGCUCCUGUUCCUCAUUUUUGGUUCACUUCAAGUGGGGUUCGUUGACACAACUAACAAGCUCUAUACCCAGACACUUCAAGAAGGUGAUAUGUUCGUGUUUCCUAAGGGGCUCGUUCACUUCCAGUACAAUGUUGAUUCAAAGUAUUCUGCUUUAGCUGUUUCCAACUUUGGCAGUGCAAACGCUGGAACUGUUUCAGUGCCCAACAGUGUGUUCACCACCGGCAUUGAUGACAACAUCUUGGCUAAGUCCUUCAAAACAGACGUUGCCACCAUUCAAGCAAUUAAGGCUGGUCUUGCACCCAAGCCCUGAGAAUAGAGCUAUUCCAUCAUUGUUCAUUUGCUCUUUGGCAUGAUCUUUUAAAAAAUGUCUGCAUCAUUUAAUAAGUCGUUUCUCACAUAGGCAUCCAUGUUUGGAAGAGGAUUGACUUGUGAAAAUACAAAUUGAAGCUCCAAAGGACAAUCUUAAAUGUAAAUUGUUCGACAUUAAUGAAGUUUGGAUAAGCAAAUGCAGUCAAAUGAAGCAAAAUUCCUUGGAGUACACGUAUCUGAGAUUUUAUCUUUUGGUUACUAGAACCAAGAAAAACUAUACAUAGAUUGAUA